GAAGCCAGCAACAUCUUACAAAGAGCUAGGCGAGCCAAUUCUUUCUUAGAGGAGCUUAAAGCAGGAUCAAUUGAGCGGGAAUGCCUAGAAGAGAAAUGUUCAUGGGAGGAAGCAAGAGAAAUCUUCCAAGAUGAUUUGAGGACUAAAGAAUUCUGGGCAAUCUAUAUAGAUCCUGAUCAGUGUGACUCCAACCCUUGCCAGAAUGGUGGGACCUGUAUUGAUAGGCCUCAAGACUACUUUUGCAUUUGUCCUCCAGAACAUGAAGGCAGAAAUUGUGAAAUAGGACCAGAAACCAAGCUGAAAUGCUUUUUUAAAAAUGGCAAUUGUGAGCAGUUUUGUGUAGAUUCCCCAACCACAUUAAGACAGUGCUCUUGUGCAGAGGGAUACAGGCUAGCAAGUGACCAAGUAUCCUGCAUUGCAGAAGUUGAUUAUCCCUGUGGGAAAAUACCUGUUCUGGCAAAAAGGCCAAAUCAGCAAGGAAGAAUCAUAGGUGGUUAUGACUGUCCUCCAGGCGAAUGUCCGUGGCAAGCGCUCAUAACAGAAAAUGGAAAUGAAAAAUGUGGAGGUGUUCUGGUUGCUCCAUCCUGGAUCAUUUCAGCAGCUCACUGCUUUUCUCGUGUCCGCAAAGAAAAUCUCAGGAUAAGGCUUGGUGAAUACCAAAUUAACCAUAGAGAUGAAGGUGAACAAGAAAGACGAGUUGAUGAAUUAAUAAUCCAUGAAAAGUAUUCUUUCAAAACCGUUGACAAUGACAUCGCCUUGCUACGAUUAUCAGCCCCAGUCAAUUUCUCUGAGUAUGUGGUACCCAUCUGCUUGCCACCUCCUCGAUUUACAGCAGACAUAUUAAACUAUGUUGAAUUCUCCACAGUGAGUGGGUGGGGGCGUCUCUUGGAAGGCGGAUCUACUUCAGCACUUCUUAUGCGAGUGGAAGUCCCCAAAAUACACAAAAAGGAAUGUGUUUGGCACACUAAAUUCAAUAUUACAGACAACAUGUUCUGUGCAGGUUAUCUCGAUGGGAGUAAAGAUUCUUGUGAAGGUGACAGUGGUGGACCUCAUGUAACUGAAUACAAAAAUACUUGGUAUCUAACGGGACUUGUGAGCUGGGGUAAAGGGUGUGCUGCAAUAGGAACAUAUGGAGUUUAUACAAAAGUUAUAAAAUAUCAUCAGUGGCUAAAUAACCAUAUGGAUUCCUAAUACAUAUUGCUUCCAAAUUUCCCUUUCUUUGCCCAAAUCCAUAAUAUUUAAUGUUUGAAUUUAGCUUAUAACUGGCUUAUAUAUUUUAAAUUAGAUUCUACAUUUUAAAUCUGUAGUAAAACUUCAAUUUAAUUAACUGCCAUUAAAUAAUUUGAAUGCUAAGCACUUUCAUCCAUUCACAAUACAGUGGUACUGUACUCCCUACUCAAUUAUUUCAAAACUUGUUAAAUUUAGUACUCGACACAUUUUGUCACAAAAAUGUCCCAGUACUUGUGGUUUGUUUGUGCUAUGUGCUAUGAUAAGAAAAGGGGGAAGGAUACGGAGAACAGAUAGGAAGUCAGCCAUACUGGGAAGGUUGCUUCAAAAGAAACAGGGGACGGUUGCAGAAGGUGGACAGAAAGUUGGUCAUUCUGGGAAGGACACUGACAUAAGAAAAGGGACAGACAGGAAGUCCUUCCUGGCCAAACUAGGGUCACUUGAUAAAUCACAUGGUUUAUUUGGUUCUCAUCAUUUUUACUACUCGUUGUAGCUCCAAGAACCAAUUAAUGACAAGUAAUGAGGCACCACUGUAAUGGACCAAUCCCUUGGAUUUAGACAAGGCAUUUGAAUUUAUUUGAAAUAUUUCUUUAUUCACAUUAUUUGAACAUGAUGUAGCUACCCAAAUAACCUGAUCAUGCCAUUUGCAUAAUGCUGUCAAUACACAAAUUAUAUCCAUUAGAGAUGUUCUGAAAUAAUGGAUAUUUUAUUGCUAUAUCGCUGAUUAAAUUGAGUUUAUACUUUAUUGAUUUCUUAAAUUAGCUAAUAAAAACAUUUAAAAUAAAUUAACUUCUGGCGUGAUAGGGACUCUUGUGUGUAAUUUCAUAAAAUAUCAUGGAAAAUAUUUUGUUUAAGAGCUGGAAAGCAUAAUUAAACAUUUGGUUCAUUGUGUUUCUGAUUGCUCUGGAUAUUUUCAUAUGUGGAGGUUUUUCGGGGGAGAAGUCAUCUGUGUUUCUACUGGCUUGGCCCAUUUUGUAUCAAGUGUCACAAUUUUGCCCACAAAAAAUACAACAGCUGUCAGUCAAAUAUAGCCCCCUUGGAUGUCUGACUGUUUGGAGAUUCGUAGUUUAAUAAAUGAAACACACACUAGAUUUUGAAAAGCUUCUCAAGACUGCAAAACUGGAUAAAGGGAGAGCUUCUAAUCUACCACAUAAGCUAAAUGUUCUGAUUGAAUUAGAACGUUAUUUGAAAUAUUA